UGCUGAUGAGCCUCGCUGAGGAGUAAGGGGAAGGCAAGGGGGAAAUAAAAAGAGAAAGGGGCUUGGGUCUUCAGGCGCAGCAACAGCUACAGCAGCAGCCACAAGACGACAGUAAUAAUACCACGUAACCAACCUCAGAAGAAACCAGGAAAAUACUCUAUAUGCAGCUGGGCGGAUUUUAAACUGAGCGAUUUUACCAACAACCUUGCGAGCAGAAAGAGCAAAGACCGGAGAAGGGUUGGAAAUGGCUGACCACAUGAUGGCCAUGAACCACGGGCGCUUCCCCGAUGGCACCAACGGGCUGCAUCACCACCCUGCUCACCGGAUGGGAAUGGGUCAGUUUCCAAGCCCCCAUCACCACCACCAGCAACAACAACAACACGCCUUCAAUGCCUUAAUGGGCGAGCAUAUACACUAUGGCGCUGGGAAUAUGAAUGCCACUAGCGGGAUCAGACAUGCGAUGGGGCCAGGGACUGUGAAUGGAGGGCACCCCCCCAGCACCAUGCCCCCCACGGCCAGAUUUAACAACUCCCAGUUCAUGGGGCCCCCAGUCGCCAGCCAGGGAGGCUCCUUACCGGCCAGCAUGCAGCUGCAGAAGCUAAACAACCAGUAUUUCAACCAUCACCCUUAUCCCCACAACCACUAUAUGCCGGAUUUGCACCCUGCAAGCCACCAGAUGAACGGGACGAACCAGCAUUUCAGAGAUUGCAACCCAAAGCACAGCAGUAGCAGCGGCAACAGCGGCGGUAGCAGCAGCAACAGCAGCAGCAACAUGCCUUCCUCGGUUCCCCACGUCCCCGCUGCGAUGCUGCCUCCCAAUGUCAUAGACACUGACUUCAUAGACGAGGAAGUGCUCAUGUCCUUAGUGAUAGAAAUGGGUUUGGACCGCAUCAAGGAGCUGCCUGAACUCUGGCUGGGACAAAACGAGUUUGAUUUUAUGACGGACUUCGUGUGCAAACAGCAGCCUAGCAGAGUGAGCUGCUGACUUAAUUUAAGCAACAACAACCACCACCACAACCACCACCACAACCACAACAACAAAAGAAAACAGAUCCCGACUUUUUCGGUGUGAAUUAAAGACAUUCCCUUAGACACAGUAUCUCUCUUUUCAGAUCUUGAACGGUUUGAGAACUUGGAAAACAGAGUAAACUAUAAAACUUGUACAAAUUGGUUUAAAAGAAAAUUGCUGCCACUUUUUGUUAUUUGUUUUUCUGUUUUUGUUUUUUUUUUGUAGCCUUGACAUUCACCUCCCUUAUGUAGUAGUAAUAUCUAGCUAACUCGGUCUCUUUUCUGUUUUUUCUCCUUAUUUCCUCACUUAAUUUCUACAGUGUUCAACUGUUAGAUAUUAAUCUUGGCAAACUGCUUAAUCUUGUGGAUUUUGUAGAUGGUUUCAAAUGACUGAACUGCAUUCAAAUUAUGAGUGGAAGGAAAAAUUGCAUUAGUUGGUUGCAUGAACUUUGAAGGGCAGAUAUUACUGCACAAACGCUGCCAUCUCGCUUCAUUUUUAACUAUGCAUUGGAGUACAGACUAAUUUUAAAAAUAUGCUAAACUGGAAGUUUAAACAGAUGUGGGCCAAACCAUUCUGGAUCAGGAAAAGUAAUACUGUUACUUUAAAGUCUGCUACCCAUCCCCCUCCCCCAUAUGUACAGACAAUAAUAUGGUGUGGAAUGUAGUCAGUGGCAACAUUUCACAGAUUUUUAUUUUGUUUCUGUCUUCAACAUUUUUGACACUGUGCUAAUAGUUUAUUCAGUACAUGAAAAAGAUACUACUGUGUUGAAAGCUUUUUAGGAAAUUUUGACAGUAUUUUUGUACAAAACAUUUUUUUGAAAAAAUACUUGUUAAUUUAUUCUAUUUUAAUUUGCCAAUGUCAAUAA